CCCCGCUGCCCGCGGGCCGCCGCCCGCAUGUCGUGUGCGCCCGCCCCGCCGCGCCGCCGCCGGCCCCGCCGCCCCGCCGCGCCGCAUGCAGACUAACAGGGAUGCCAAAGGAAAAAUAUGAUCCUCCAGAUCCUCGCAGAAUUUACACCAUCAUGUCGGCGGAAGAGGUGGCCAACGGGAAGAAGUCGCACUGGGCUGAAUUAGAGAUCUCGGGGAGAGUGCGGAGCUUGAGCACGUCGCUGUGGUCGCUGACGCACCUGACUGCUCUGCACCUCAAUGACAACAACCUUACUCGCAUUCCACCUGAUAUUGCCAAGCUUCACAAUCUGGUUUACCUGGAUCUCUCAUCCAACAAACUCAGAAGUUUACCAGCAGAACUAGGAAACAUGGUGUCUCUCAGGGAAUUGCUUUUAAAUAACAAUCUGUUACGGGUUUUGCCUUAUGAACUUGGACGGCUCUUCCAGCUGCAAACCCUGGGUUUGAAAGGCAAUCCUUUAUCCCAAGAUAUUCUCAGCCUCUACCAGGAUCCAGACGGAACCCGAAAGCUACUGAACUACAUGCUUGACAAUCUAGCAGUUCAUCCAGAGCAGCUGCCUCCAAGGCCAUGGAUUACUUUAAAAGAACGAGACCAAAUUCUGCCCUCAGCUUCAUUUACAGUCAUGUGUUACAAUGUGUUGUGUGAUAAAUACGCCACCCGGCAGCUCUAUGGCUACUGCCCGUCCUGGGCACUCAACUGGGAGUACAGGAAAAAGGGAAUCAUGGAAGAAAUCGUCAACUGUGAUGCAGACAUCAUCAGUCUUCAGGAAGUGGAAACGGAGCAAUACUUCACCCUUUUCCUGCCAGCCUUGAAAGAACGGGGAUACGACGGAUUCUUCUCUCCAAAGUCACGUGCCAAAAUCAUGUCGGAGCAGGAGAAAAAGCACGUGGAUGGCUGCGCCAUAUUCUUCAAAACGGAAAAGUUCACUCUGGUGCAGAAGCACACGGUGGAGUUCAACCAGGUGGCCAUGGCCAACUCGGAGGGCUCGGAAGCCAUGUUGAACAGAGUGAUGACCAAGGACAACAUCGGAGUCGCCGUGGUGUUGGAGGUGCACAAGGAAUUAUUUGGAGCAAGUAUGAAAUCGCUUCACGUGGACAAGCAGCUGCUCAUCGUGGCCAAUGCCCACAUGCACUGGGACCCCGAAUACUCAGAUGUGAAACUCAUCCAGACCAUGAUGUUCGUCUCCGAGCUGAAAAACAUCCUGGAGAAAGCCUCGAGCAGGCCCAGCAGCCCGACAGCAGAUCCCAACUCGAUCCCUCUGGUGCUGUGUGCGGAUCUCAACUCGCUGCCUGAUUCAGGUGUAGUGGAAUACCUGAGCAACGGCAUAGUAGCCGACAACCACAAGGACUUCAAGGAGCUGCGCUACAACGAGUGUCUGAUGAACUUCAGCGGCAACGGCAAGAACGGAGCCUCGGAGGGCAGGAUCACGCACGGCUUCCAGCUCAAGAGCGCCUACGAGAACAACCUGAUGCCUUACACCAAUUACACUUUUGACUUCAAAGGUGUGAUUGACUACAUUUUCUACUCCAACACUCACAUGAACGUGCUGGGAGUGCUGGGCCCUUUGGACCCUCAGUGGCUGGUGGACAACAACAUCACGGGCUGCCCGCACCCGCACAUCCCCUCGGACCACUUCUCGCUGCUGACGCAGCUGGAGCUGCAGCCGCCGCUGCUGCCGCUGGUGAACGGCGUGCACCUGCCCUCCCGCAGGUAGUGCAGCCCCGCGGGCUCCCGCCGGCCCCACGGACCUGUACACUUGUAAAUCCCUCUAGAUAGGAGUGAAGUAUGGCCAACCUGCAGCUGCUUCUUCGAGCUCCUUUCCUUAUGUGUUUGAUAAGAGAUUUUUGCACAUUUUCGGUGCAUAUUGGUAUCAUUUGGCACUAGGGCUGGAACCAAAGUAUUAUUCCCCUUUCCGGGUUUUUAAUUUAAUUUUCGUUUGUGUUUUGUUUGGGUUGUUUUGGUUUUUUUUUAUUUUACUUUAAACUGGCUUUUUCUUUUCAGUAGGAAGCUGCACUUGUAAAUGGACAAAAGAGAUUUAAAAAACUUGCAUUUAACGUAUUUCAAGGUAAUGCUUUUUUCCAGAACGUGGCAAAUUGAGCCAACCUUUUAGGAGAAAGAAAAACAAAAGUCUAGAGAUGCUUGUUUUGUAGGAAGAAUGUUAGAAAUACUGUUUGUUUGGAUCCAAAACGGAGACUCGACUCUGCAUCCGACAUCAAUUUUGCACAUUAGCAAAGCACUUAAUACCUGCCUAUAAACGAUUGGCAGCAGGGCCCUGCCCCUCAUCUCAGUACUAUCAGAAAACCAAAGAUAGCCAAGUAUCUGUGAUCAAAUUCAAGCUCUAAAUCCUCCUGGUUCCAAUUUGUUUGGGAGCUGUUGUCAGUCAGGGCUGAAGUAAAAAGCUGCUGGUUCUUUCCCAAAUGUUAAUGCUCUUUGGAUGUGUUGGAAAUCCUUGUUUUCUUUCCUUUUAAUGCUCUGGGUGGCCAGUUCAAAACCUUGUGCCUCAAGAGGCAUUAAACAUGAUGCAAUUUUCUGGAAAAAAAAAAAAAAAACAACCAAAAAAAACCAAGUUGUUUGGCUGCUUAGUGUUUAAAAAAAAAAGGCACAGUGGUAGGAAAAGGUCGUGUCUGUGUUUUUAAGUUUUUCUUUAUUCUGCUUUUUUGCUGCUAUAAGAUUUUCUUGAAUUUCUAUUUGAAACUUUUCAUGCACUUUACUGUUUCUAGUCUCCAAAUGUGAUAUUUUUAAUAAAUGAAAAACAUUUUCCAUGAUGUGAAUGAAAUUUUUAAGCAGAUUGAUAAGCCUAUAUUUAUGUCUCAUUCGUAUACUUCAAAAAAAGUCCAAUUUGAAUUGUGAAAUUAGUUUUAAAUACAAAAGAGCCAUCUUCUGUCUUGCAAAACUGCCAAGUCAGGCUGUUCCUCUUUAAUUCAACAUUUCCUUUGUCAUUUUAUACACAGGAAAUUUUCCAUAGGGGGGAAGAAAAAAAUCAAUUUGACUUAAGAGGAGAAACUAUUCCCUGACUAGGGGCCAGGGAGGGGGUGGAGUGGGCCAGAAGGCAAAAAAUGGGUUCAGCAGAGUGACAACUCCCUUGGAAAAGUGCCUAAAAAAUGGGGGUGUCAUCUAUUGUCUGGGAUCAAUUGGAAGCAAUGGGAGCUGGGGGAAAUUCCUGUGCAGCACUUGCUUUGUGCAAAAACAAAACUAAACAAAAAAAACAAACAAAAAAUGGGAAAAUAAAAAAGAAAGCCCUUUCCAGAGCUGGAUUUUCCUCUGGGUGCAGGUAUCUCUGCUGGAAUGUACCUCAGCGUUCCCUACCUGGCCAUGGCACAUGGAUUGGAGAGCACUGGAAAGUAGAAUAGCAUGAAAAACUUAAUUUUGUGGACAUUACCUUUCUGUAUUCAGCUGCUGUAUGUUUUUUGGGGAGGGGGGGAUGCUCCGCUCCGGAGGCGUGCUCUAACCUGCUCCCCUGUUCCUCCAGGCACGGUGGUCCCAGCGUGAGCAGUGUUUCCUAACCAUACUUCACUCCCAAUAUUUUUGGAGCUGUUUGUAUAAAAUGGAAUUUCCGACUCGCCCGUGAUUGUCUAUGAACUGCAGAGGAGCCCGUUUAGUAAUAAAAAUCCGAACCCAGCACCAAUGUUUUGUAAUGUGGGGGUGGGAGAGGACGGAGACGGGAAAACCCAAACCUUGGCAAACGUUGUAAGCUGCUCCAGCUGGAUUCUCCUUGGGUUUCUAGCCGUGGAAGUGUCCCAUUGCGCGAAGGCGUUCCGCUGGAUUUUCUCUGCUGCACUUCCCGACGCCCGUCACGCCGCGUGGUUUUUAACACAAAAAUGGUUUUUUAACAGACAUUGCACAAAAAAACCCCCCCGGUUUUGUUUCUGUUUCAGUCAAUGCACACGUUGACCUGCCUCUCCUGUGCGGCUCCCUCCUGUUUUCCUCCUGGUUUUCCCUUCCCAGCAGGAACAGUGAGGGGAUGGUGCCUUUUUUCCCAGCCUCGGCUCCCAGCACGUUGCAGGCAAUACCUGGAAAAAAGGCCCCAAGCCCUUCCCUGCUGCUCACUGCCUCCGUUUGCUUCCCAAAACACGGUGCCUGGUGUCCACUCCCCAGCGACAGCACUGCCUAAAGCCAGCAGAGAAAACAAACUCCAACGCCCUUCUACAAGCAACUUUUUAAAAAAAACCUCCAUCUGGUGAAUCUGUCCGAUUACGGGGUUUUGUGUGUGUGUAUAUAUAUACAUAUAUAUAUAUAUAAAAAAAAGAGAAUUUUGUACAA